AUGCACCCGGGGAAUCUAAUGAUCGAUAGCAGCAAUAACAUCAUUGCUUUAGACUGUGGGAUUAUGGGAAGGAUAGAUCGAGAAACGUAUUAUUAUGUGAUAGAGAUAUUGAAAGGUUUUCUGGAACGCGACUAUAAUCACGUUGCUGAAAUGCACUUUAAAGCUGGCUACGUUCUGCCACAGUAUAAAAAUUUUGUUACGGCCUGUAGGGCGAUUGGUGAACCAAUUGUUGGACAACCGAUACAAAAAAUUUCAUUUGCUAAUCUGCUUGCCCAGUUAUUCAAAGUAACUAGCGAUUUUGAUAUGAAGGUUCAAACACAAUUGCUAUUGCUACAAAAAACUAUGAUCUUGCUGGAGGGAGCAUGCCGCAAAAUUUAUCCAGGAAUUAAUAUGUGGGAAGUGGUUAAGGUAUGGAUGAAGAGCCAACAGAAGAAUAAAAUAGGAUACAAGGAAAAAAUAAAGAGCUCUUACCCAGUUAAAACUCUUCAGGAAUUAUCUAGCCUUGUCGGUAAACUAAAUCUGAUAGCUGAUCAAAAGCUUGCGGCUAAAGAAGCUGCAAAAAAAGCUGGAGUGAAUGUGGUACCAGGCUAUACAGGUAAAAUAAAAGAUCCAGCUCAUGCAGUGCAAGUUGCUGAAGAAAUUGGUUUUCCUGUUAUGUUUAAGGCGGCAGCGGGUGGCGGUGGCAAAGGAAUGAGGGUGGUGAAUUCAAAAGAAGAGGCUGAGCUGGCGUUUAUAUCUGCAACAAAUGAAGCAGAAAAAAGCUUUAAAGAUGGCAGUAUAUUUGUUGAAAAGUACAUAGAACUACCGAGGCAUAUUGAAAUACAAAUAAUAGCGGACAAAUAUGAAAAUAUAGUAUGCCUUGGUGAGAGAGAGUGUUCAAUACAGAGAAAUAACCAAAAGAUUAUAGAGGAGACUCCUAGUCCAUUUAUUAGUGAACAAGUAAGGCAAGAGAUGUAUGCUCAAUGCGUUUUAUUGGCAAAGCAGGUUGGUUAUUUCACAGCAGGUACAGUUGAAUUUGUUAUGGAUAAAGAUCACAAAUUUUAUUUUCUUGAGGUAAAUACUAGACUGCAAGUUGAACAUCCGGUCACGGAGCUUGUUACUGGAAUAGAUAUAGUAGAAGAAAUGGUCAGAAUUUCCUGUGGAGAAAAACUAAGAUUUAGUCAAGAUGAUAUUAAACUCACUGGUUCAGCAAUGGAAAGUAGAAUCUGUGCUGAAGACCCAUCAAAGAAAUUUUUUCCUUCUGGUGGGAGAAUAAGAUAUUAUGAUAAACCCGGUGAUGUGAGAAUAGACGAUGGGGUAACUGCAGGAUCUGAGAUCAGCAUGUUUUAUGACUCAAUGGUUGCAAAGGUAAUUACGCAUGGGCAGGAUAGAAUAGAGGCAAUAAAAAAGAUGCAGAAAGCAUUAUCUGAAUGCUAUAUAGGUGGAAUAACUAAUAACAUAGAAUUUCUUGAGUCGAUCUUUCAUCAUCCAGAUUUUAUUGCAGGUAAGCUCCAUACUAAAUUUAUUCCAGAUUUUUACCCUAAUGGUUUCCAUGGUGAUCCUGUUACGGAAGAGUAUAUGAAAAUAUCUAUAUUAGUUGCGCUUUAUGUUCAUUUAGAGAACGAACAAAAGUACAGCGAUAAGAUACAAGAUGGAGCAUUCGUAGUGGUGAUUAAUAGCAACGAAUAUCCAAUAAACGCAAAAUACCAGAAUAACACGUUGACAGCGGUUUAUAACCACAAUGAAUAUUCCGUGAAAGGCAAAUGGAAAUCGCAUAGUUAUAAAUUGUUAAAUGUGAUAAUCAGCGAUGAUGUUGAUAUUACAGUAAAAAUAGAUAAGAAGGGUGAUAAAUAUUUAAUAAAGCAUGCAGGAAUGAAAGCUGAGUGUUGUGUAUUGGAUCCGUAUGUUGCUGAAUUAAAUAAGUUUGUGCUUAACAAUGAAUCAAAUGAAACAAGGGAAAAUGUUGUACAAUCACCGAUAUGUGGCUUAUUGACCAAAUUAUAUGUAAAUAUAGGUGAUCAAGUAGAGAUAGGACAGCCCUUGUUUGUGAUAGAAGCAAUGAAGAUGGAAAAUAUUAUAUGCUCUGAAAUAAAAGCAGUGGUUAAAAACGUUCUUAUACAGGAAGGUAAGAGCGUACAAGUAGGUGAUAUAAUAUUGGAUUGUUUGUAA